UUUAUUUUCAUCGCGCUCAUGCUGUGCUUCAGAAAGUGCAUAUGUCGCUCGGCGAAAAGAACGCGCCCACGAGAGCAGUUCCAAAUCAAACUCAACAAAGAAAGACCGCGCGGCGUUGGUGAACCGCAGAGAAUUCGCUCAGUGUAGAAUUCGUGAGCAACUGUCAAGCAGCUGCCUGCCCAGAGAACAGCGCCAUGGCCACCCAUCGGUACACGUGCGUCGGUUUUUCGCCCAAAAUAGAUUGGAAAUGCAUCGAGUUCCUGUUGCCCAUGCCCGUGUACCGCAUCUGCAGCAUCUGCGGAAUUGUUCCCGACUUGAUCUUCAGUCUUGAGUGUGGCCACGUCUUUUGCACCACUUGCAUGAACGAACUCAUGUUGAACUCGCCCGUCGUCGUGUGUCCUUUCGACAAGGGCAGUUUCGAGGAAGGUAGCGUGAGCCGCGACUCCUCGUCACAGGCGUACGUCAGCGGCUGCAAGUCCUACUGCCUCAACAAGUCGAGCGGGUGCAAUUACGUGGGUCCCGUGUCCGAAAUGGUGGAGCACUACUACUCCGAGUGCAGCCACCACAUGGUCCACUGCCGCUCCUGCAAGAAGCCCGUCGCCAGAAAGAACGUGAUGGCCCACCUGCGCUCCGGCUGCAAGUCGGACGUGAUGGCAACCAGUCAGGCGCCGUCCGCGACCGCAAGCGGCGGCUCCGACGCCGAGUGCUCCCUGUCGACGCUGGUAAGCAAGAUCGAAAACCUGGAGAACGUCGUGCUGACGCGUACCAAUCGGCUCGAAGAAAUUCUGCGCGAACGCGCAACUGUCGACGUCCAGCCGCCGCCGGCGCCGAUUUUAAACAGCGAAGUCGCGAGGGCUGAAAGCCAUUCCCGACCGGACACUACCGCUACGGCAGACACUACCACGCAGGCCGGCGAAGAACGACAACCCGACGUCGCGUCUACGUCAUCGACUUCACUCUCCGAAGCCAACGGUGACGUCACGCCUGUAACCAACGGUGGAGCCGCGGGCGAUGAAUCGCCGAACAGCUCGAGAGAGGCCUCGCCGUCGGAACCCCAGGUUAAUGGUCUCAAUGGGGAGCCUGAAGACCAGGCUGUUGUUGAGUCAACCUCGGGUGCAGCCGCAGUGGAGCCCUGCACGGGUCCGAGCGUUUUCUUCAUUUACAACUGGGUGAUCAAGCCAUUCCGCAAGUACCGCAACGCCCCCUUGCAGGUCUUUACGAGUGACGUGCUCACUGUCGGUGAGAAUGGGUACAGGAUGAAGCUCGAGGGCAAGUUCCAUGACCUCGGGGACUCUUCGCUAUACCUCGCACUAUACCUAAGGAUCAUGAAGGGCCCCAACGAUGCCUCGCUUGAGUGGCCGUUCAACCGGAAAUGCACCUUUGUGCUUCUCCACCACAAGCAGCGCACCCGAGACGUGAGCUUCGAUGUCUUUGCCCUCAAGGGCGUCGAGGAGAUGCAGAACGCGGCCAACACUGUUCUCAAGCGGCCCAAAAAGAAAGAAAACGACAGCAUCGGCCUAGACAGGUGCCUGUCGGUGACACAAAUGCUCCAGAGCGGGUUUGUCAAAAACAACGAAUUCAAGGUGCGUUUUGUCGUCGAAUGAAGAACAGGAGUUGUCAGGACACAACCCGGAAGUCUCGACUUGCUUUCGGCCCCGAUCAGUUUCCUGUAAAGGGCCGACAAAACUGUCGAUUCAUAAUUCAUUUCAUUUUCUUCUUAUUGCCUUUCUUCAAUGACAUAGUGAAUAUGUCGUGUUGUCUUGUUUAUGCGCUCAGAUUUAAGAGGGCAACGAGCAUUGAGCAGAGUGCUAACAGUUUUUUUUUAGCACCUUAGCCAUCAAAGUCGUCGAAGAGUUUUUGCAGCACCUGAGUGUUCUACCAAAGCAUUUGAAUUAGUCACGGCUAUGUGACAGUUGUAUAUCUCCUCCACCUUUUCUUACACUCUUUCAUACUUCGUCUCUUAUUUGACCAUCUCAACUGUGAUAUGCAUAAAAUCUAGACUUGUUAUUACCUUUACGCUUACCUCACUGAAGCAGUUUCAUCAGUUUAUCAUAUCAUUUGCAGAAACACUUUUAUAGAAUCUGCUUGCAAGGCACAGUUGAGCUUCAAGCUAAACCCUCUUGUGCAUUCGGUUCAAUGAUUAAACAAGGGUGCAGGCUUUCUAUAACGGGUGGCAUCCUGAUGUUCUAGCUAAUUAUGCUGGUGAAAGAUUAGCAAGAACCAAUUCUAUUUAGUAGUCCUUGGUCACACUUAAAUGAUUGUGAAGUGGCAUUAAGUGCAAGCCAUCUUCUGAACAUUGCCAGGAUGCUGAGAAAUGUAAGCACUUCUGUGUUGAUGUACAAGCAGUAGGUUCGCAUUGAUAUGUCUUUGCUUAUGGGGGCAUUUAAGUCAGCUUAUUUACACUUCUUUUAAAAAAAGGUUACCCUCGUGAAUUUCACAGUUAUAAUGCUGUAUGUUUAGUUGUGUGCUUCCAUUUAAUGGGGUAACUACAGCUAAUUCCUGCAUUUAUUGCUUCUUGCAGCCCUGUCUGUUUAGGAAUUAUUACAUGAAAACUUGUUUUUACCAUAAACGAGUGAGUCUAAUUAAGGUUACAUGCAUUUGUUGAACCUGCCCAUUCAUUCAAAUUUACCAACGACAUGAGGCAGCUGAUUGGUGGAGUCGACACAUAGUAUCACUGAACGUCACAGAUGGCUUCUUGAUGGCUUACGAUGCUUGCCGCAAGUCUAUUUCUUAAAACGAAGGGACACCAACCACGGUACUGAUUAAAACUAUUUUUUUAGGUCAAAAACAUGAAAAAAUCUGACAUUUCUUGUCCUGCACCUACACUUCUUCAGAGGUUGACUUGGGGGGGCACCAGAAAGCAGGGUUUAUACAGCUGUCUUUUCUUCAGACAAUGGUGUCACACCUGCUAUCAAUUGAGAGUCCAUUGAAGUGGACGUGUGGCAGUGCACCUGUGUACCAUUAAAUGUUAUGGGGUGUUGCCUGGAUUCCACAAGAGAUAUAGAGAAACGUUCAGUGAUAAGCAGGAAGGUUAACCGGAACAAAAUUUUUGGUUUGCUACUCUGCACUGGGGAAGGAAAAACAGGAUAGAAAGUUAAAGAGGGAGGAGAAAAGGGGUUAAAGGCGAAAAAAAGUUGUGCUCACACUGAAGUAUGGGAUUGGCAUAGUCGUUUUGCGAAUCCGGUUGACCGCAAAACUACAGCAGUGCCUUCGUCAUUUCCUGGUUGGAAUCUCAAAAAAAAAAAAAAGUUCCUCGUUUCGCAAUUCUGAAAUUGCCUGCUCCUAAAGCGGCCGGUUAAUGACAUGAAAGUGCUCAAAGGUGAUGUAGUGUAGAAUGACUGCUGCAUCGCUGUAUAAACGCUGCUUUGAGGUGCUCCCCCUAGUCACCCCUGAAGAAGGCAGUCACACUUUGACUUGAAGGAGGUCAGAGUGGGAUCCGAAACAUCAGGCUUUUUUCGUUGUUGUAAAGCAGAAACAAGAAGUUCGUACUCUCAAUUUUAGUUUGAUUGCUGUAAUUAUGUUUCGGUCAUAAGUUCAUUGCCAAUUGGGCAGAAUUCUGUUGAAUUUUCACCUUUAAAUUGUACAUUGAUGUGUGUACACUCACUGGUCUUUUACUAAUUGGUUGACCCCUUGGCAGGUUGUACAAUGCAAUUUUCUUGAAGCAGAAUUAAACAAGCAUGCUAAAGCAAGGUCGGUUCGUGAACAAAACAGUUUGUUUCAUUGGCAGCUAGGGGUGGUUCAUCGGUAUGCUAAAACUGUACCAAACUGAGAAGUGAGGUAGGCUUCAGCUUUAGCGGACUGAGUUUUUAAGCUUUGCUAACAGCUCUUAUGUGUCUCAUGUUGUCAAAAUUUCAUGAAUUCAUAUCAUCCGGCCUAUUUACUGCAUUGUCUCAGAGAAGUCAUCGCUUUCUAUAUAUAGGCAUUCAUCAAAUAACCCUGCUCUUGUGAUAUCGAUUAUUUUAGUGAGGUGACCAAGCGAGAAUGCAGCGUGAGCUUUAGUAUGGUCUAACAUCAGUAAGAUUUUAUUUUUGGCACAAGUGUUAAUCACGCUUGCCGAUCUCUGCUUCUUUUUCACUUUUCUCGUGCUUUCAGCUAUGCAGUCGUGCUUCUUGUGUUGUUCAUGUGUGUUGUUCACGUUUUCAAUUUCUUUUGUUUUGAACUACAGAUAUUGUAGUGAGCACUAAAGCUUUCAUUUAUUACUGACACUUGAUCUGUAAGAACAGAGCUGCUGCUUUUGUCAAAAUCAAAUAAAAGUGAAAGGUUGUUCAGAAUGAAAUUUG